AUGCCAAUGUUGUGGAGUAACCCGUUCAAGGAAUAUCAAACUAUUAAUAGUUCAUUCAAAGUGAUAUUACCCUUAAUAUCCUACCUUGAUAAAGACACCAAGGAAAUGAUAAAAAUCAAUGAUUCAAUCACAAGCUAUUACAUCCCAACGAAAGCAAUGUUUAAUUACGCAUCCUUCAUCAAAGAAUUAGAUUAUAUGGAUAUGUAUCAUCAAGUGAUCUUAUGCUUAAAAAAGAUACGAGAAGAUCAAAAACGGUCCAACUUGUACUACGAGAUGGUACAAAAAAUAGAUAAGAAUUAUUAUGAUAUAUUCGUUGAAUUGAUUUAUAAAAUUGUUAUAAAUAAUUCGAGGAUCAAGACGUUUGUUAUAGAUAUGUUUUUUUGGCGGUCAAAUGAUAUCUUUGGCGUCCUUUUGAAAACACCCGGGCAGGAAAAUGCCUUCUCACACUCUUUAAGAAAUUUUCAUUGUAAAUUAUUGGCCAAGGACGUUAAUAUAUUAUUUUUUUUUUUGAAAUUGGCCAACAAUCAAAUCAGAGAUUUGUCCCUAAGUUUGUAUGGCGACGAAAAGGAUAACAUCUCUUAUUCAUCGUUAAUUGAAACGAUCAAAUCACAACCCAACCUUGAAACAUUACAUAUUAGUGAAAGUACUCAUUUCGUUAAAUUAAUUCUAUCGGAGUUACGUAGCAACGUUCAUUCCAUAGCAAAGUUAAGCUUAGAAUCUCAUAAUAGUAUUGAAAAAUCGGGAUUUUAUUUUUUAAGUGAUGAAUGGGGAAAUUCAUUGGAAUUAACACUGGGUGAAUUAAAUAAGGUUGAAAAUUAUUAUAAUGAUGAGAGUGUACCAUUCUCUAAUUUAAAACGGUUGAAAUUGGAUUGGAACACUUGCAGUUCCGAUCAAUUACAAUUUCAAGAGAGUGAAGUUCAUCAAUCAAUAAUCACCUUGAUACGAAACCAUCAUGCGGAUUUAAUUCAACUCGAUUUCAAUACCUUGACGGAAUUUCAUUUUAAGAAUAUCUUUGAGAAGAUCCCCAAUCACUGUUUAAACUUACAAACCAUUUCUUAUAAUAUUCAUAAUUUAAAUGAUUUAGACAUUAUUUAUUCCAUUUUCAAAAAUAAUUUGAACCUUUUGUCAAUUAAUCUUAAUCUGUUAAUUCCUAUCACACCUUCUUUUUUUGUUGACUUUGCUCAACAAGUUCCGGAAUCUAUUCAAAACAUUAUAUUAAGGAAUUGUUCGUUUAAUCAGGAUACUUUACCUCUCUUCUUAAGUAACGUUAAAUCAAACAAAUUGAAAUCGUUUAAAUUUAUUUGGAAAAGUGGAGGGAUGGAAGUAUAUGAUAUCUUAAAGAAUCUUUAUGUCCUUAUAAAAAAUUUUUCCGAUGAAAGAACUUGGACUAUUAAAGAUUAUAGAUUUGAGUUAUCCGGUUAUCGAGAUCGAGAUGUUGUUAGUUUUGAAUGGGAGGAAUGA